AUGAGGGGGGUGCAUGCCUCAAACUAUGACAUUAUUCGCGUUUUGGGCAAGGGGAGUUUUGGAGUCGUCAGGCUUGUUCGUGAGAAGAGCGAAAACUGCGAGACUCUUCGUGGGAGCAGCUCUAGUGCCAGAUACCUGGACGGCUCAUUGACUCUACAGAACGAAACUCCUCCUGUGCUGAACCAAAGACCUAAACAGCUGUUCGCCAUGAAAGUCAUCAGAAAAUCUGACAUGCUUCGCAACAGUCAAGAGGGCCAUUUGCGUGCGGAACGGGAUUUCUUGGUAGCUUCAGAAAACUCCCGCUGGGUAGUGCCUCUGAUUGCUGCCUUCCAGGACAACAACAAUCUGUACCUUGUGAUGGAGUACAUGAUGGGUGGAGACUUUCUCGGCUUGCUGCUUCGUCACGACAUUCUGGACGAAAACGUAGCCAAAUGGUAUGUCGCUGAGAUGAUACUUUGCAUCGAAGAAGCACACAAAAUGAACUGGAUUCAUCGCGACGUCAAGCCCGAUAACUUUCUCAUCACCGCGUCCGGCCAUCUCAAGAUUUCCGACUUUGGCCUCGCCUUCGACGGUCAUUGGGUCCACAAUCAGACAUACUAUAACGAACAACGAUAUAGCCUACUUCGUGAUUUGGACCUGCAAGUUGAGGGCGAUGAACAGGAUGUCGAAGAAGAAAGAAAUCGGCAAGAUGCUCGCAGAGCCAUGGAUCAGAUCCACGGCAACACGGCGAAUCGCAGCCGCUAUCAAACGAGGCAGGACUCUGCCAAUGGACCUAUCAUCGACUGGCUGAACCGGGAACAAAGACGCCAGUUUGCAAAAAGCGUGGUGGGAACUAGCCAGUACAUGGCACCAGAGGUGAUCAGGGGUGAAAGCUAUGAUGGGCGAUGUGACUGGUGGAGCAUUGGUAUAAUUCUAUACGAAUGUCUCUACGGCUGUACCCCUUUCUUCUGUGACAACAGACAAGCAACCAAGGCGCGCAUAAUCGAUCACAGAAGAUGGCUUCGCUUCCCAACCGACCAGCGAUACACCCGUCCUAACAUUGACCGCGUACCUCUGAUGCCCGUCACACGCAACGCCAUCGACCUCAUGAUGCGGCUUCUCGAAGAGCGGCAGGAUCGCCUCUCAGCCAAGCGGUAUCGCGAAAACGACUGGGUUCUCCGUGACAAAGCCCUCGGCGUCCGCAGCAAUCGCCACAUGCACCAUCCCACCGGGCACAUUGUCUUUCCCAACGACGCCGAAGACAUCAAAUCGCAUCCCUUCUUCCGCAACAUCCAAUGGUCACUGCUGCACAUGACGCGCCCACCCUUUGUGCCGCGCGUGCACGGCGGUCAGCCCAUCACAAAGUACUUUGACGACGAAGCCGAGAUCAUGAGCGCAUCCGACCAUCUCGACUCGUCCAGCUACGACACGCUCGCCAUCCCCCCUUUCAUCCCUGACCCCGCCACCCUCGCAACCCAAGAUCCCACCGCCCCCUUGUUUUGCACCCCAGCCCUCAACCUCCCAGACGAUAUCUUGCACAACUCCCCAAAUACUAUCUUCCCCCCCUUCCAGAUGCUCAAGCGCCGCAAGAGAGAAAAAAAGAGGCCUCGUGAUAAAUUGCUGCGCGACCCGGAAGUCGGGCGUGCCGCCAUGGAGAUCAGGAAGAGGGGCGCGUUUGUCGGGUAUACGUAUCGCAGGCCGAGGUUUUCGCUGCCGGAUUUGGAGGAGAGGAUCGCGAUGAUGAGGCCACAGGCUGCGAGGGGUGGGGUCGUUGCUGCGAGUGCGUGA